AGUGGUUGGUGACUCUGAAUUGGAAUGGGAUAACGAAAAAGAUCAACCUUGCUCACCACAAAACCAGAAAUAUUAAUAUAUAUAUAUAUAUAUAUAUAUAUAUAUAUAUAUAUAUAUUAACCACCGAAAACUCAUCCAACAUCACCCCAGUGAAGAACAGAGCAGAAGGAGGAGGCAGUCAGGGAGAGAAAGGGGGGAAAUGGCAAUGACAAUGGCACUUCGAAGACUUUCCUCAUCGGUUGAGAAACCAAUUCAACGCAUCUUCAGUGGUGGCUCCAUCUAUUACAUGACCUCUCUACCCAAUGAAGCUGUUUACGAGAAGGAGAAACCUGGUGUCACUUGGCCAAAGCAGUUAAAUGCUCCCCUAGAGGUGGUUGAUCCAGAAAUUGCUAACAUUAUUGAGCUUGAAAAAGCAAGACAAUGGAAGGGACUUGAACUGAUACCUUCAGAGAAUUUCACGUCGGUCUCUGUCAUGCAAGCAGUUGGAUCUGUAAUGACGAACAAGUAUAGCGAAGGAUAUCCGGGUGCUAGAUACUAUGGAGGAAAUGAGUACAUUGACAUGGCAGAAUCCUUAUGCCAAAAGCGUGCUUUGGAAGCAUUUCGGUUGGAUCCUGCAAAAUGGGGAGUGAAUGUGCAGUCUUUGUCCGGUUCCCCAGCUAAUUUUCAAGUAUACACUGCAUUACUGAAACCUCAUGAAAGAAUCAUGGCACUUGAUCUUCCUCAUGGUGGGCAUCUUUCACAUGGCUAUCAGACUGACACAAAGAAGAUAUCUGCAGUUUCAAUAUUUUUUGAGACAAUGCCAUAUAGAUUGGAUGAAAGCACUGGCUAUAUUGACUACGACCAGUUGGAGAAAAGUGCCACACUCUUCAGGCCAAAACUGAUAGUUGCUGGAGCUAGUGCUUAUGCACGUCUCUAUGAUUAUGCGCGUAUUCGCAAGGUAUGUGACAAGCAGAAAGCUAUUUUGCUGGCAGAUAUGGCACACAUCAGUGGUUUGGUUGCGGCUGGUGUCAUCCCGUCACCAUUUGACUAUGCUGAUGUUGUCACCACCACCACCCACAAAUCGCUUCGUGGUCCACGAGGUGCCAUGAUUUUCUUCAGGAAGGGAGUGAAAGAGAUCAACAAACAAGGGAAAGAGGUGUUGUAUGACUAUGAAGAUAAAAUCAAUCAAGCUGUCUUUCCUGGACUUCAAGGUGGCCCACACAAUCACACAAUUACCGGCUUAGCAGUUGCAUUGAAACAGGCUGUGACUCCAGAGUACAAAGCUUAUCAAGAACAAGUUCUGAGUAAUUGUUCAAAGUUUGCACAGACUUUAGUUGCACACGGCUAUGACCUUGUUUCUGGUGGAACCGAGAACCACUUAGUUUUGGUGAAUUUGAAAAAUAAGGGUAUUGAUGGUUCAAGAGUUGAAAAGGUGUUGGAAUCUGUUCACAUUGCAGCCAACAAAAACACUGUUCCAGGAGAUGUUUCUGCCAUGGUUCCUGGUGGAAUCAGGAUGGGAACCCCUGCUCUCACCUCAAGGGGAUUUGUUGAAGAGGAUUUUGUCAAAGUCGCUGAUUUCUUUGACGCUGCUGUGAAGUUGGCUCUCAAGAUCAAGACUGAAGCCACAGGGACAAAGUUGAAAGACUUUGUGGCGGCAAUGCAGUCCAGCGCUCCCAUCCAAUCUGAGAUUGCGAAGCUACGUCAUGAGGUUGAAGACUAUGCAAAACAAUUCCCAACAAUUGGAUUUCAAAAAGAAACCAUGAAAUACAAAAACUGAGGGACGAAUUCUACCAUGCCAGGCACCAUAACCCCAAAAGAGAUGGUUUCCACUAGACGAAGAUGGUUGUGAAGGAUGAUGAAAGCUAUAUAUAUAUAUAUAUAUAUAUAUAUAUAUAUAUGUUAAGAAUGUAAAUUUACAACUUUAUAGCUAUAAAAUCUAGCAGAAUCCUGUUUUCGAUCUUCAUAGAAAUGCCUAUCUAUCUAUAUUAACUCAGGCUCUGCAAACCAAAAUAAUUAACUUGCCUUCAUUUCUCAUAA